AUGUCUGAGGUGUACGUACACGAGCCGCAGCCGACGGCUCGUGUGGUGAUGGAAACGUCGAUGGGUCCGCUAGAUAUCGACUUAUGGGCUCGAGAGGCACCGCGUACGGGGGGAGACCCAACAGGUACAGGUGCAGGGGGGAGUAGCAUAUACGACACAGAAGAAACAAAAGAAAAAGAAACAGAAACAAAUUCAAAAGGAAUACAAGAAGAAGAAAGAGGAACGGGUGGGGCCAAAGGAGACGAUGAUACGGAGGAGGCCCCUAAGAAGGGGCGCACUAAAGGGGGGGCCCUUGCCCCUCUUGGAGGCCCCCCUAAGGGUACAUCGGCCGGGAUGGGGGAGCUACCUGUUGAUUCAGCUGAUAGGCCCGUGGACCCCCCAAGGGUUAUCCGCAUAGAGGUGCUGAGAAACCCCUUUCAGGACAUGGUCCCCAGGGUGCUGCAGCAGCAGGAAGAGGAAGAGGGAGAGGAAGAGGAGCAGGCGGAGGAGGAGAAGAGGCCGCAGCUUGCGGUCGCCAAGGCGGCGCUUUUGUCUUUUGCAGAGGAAGAUGAAGACCUACAGCUGCAGCAGCAGCAGCAGCAGAAGCAGCAGCAGCAGCAGAAGGGGCCCCUCAGUGCCCACGAUUUGCUGCAGGACCCCAGACUCUCGAAAGAGGCCCCCGUGGAAUCUUAUCAGCAGCAGCAGCAAGCAGAAGCACAACGCCUUAAGGACCGCAUCGCCUCUCUUAUUGCGGGGAGUAAGGGGGGUGCAGCACCAGCUGCUGCUGCCGACGAGAUAUACGAUAGCGGCAGCAGCAGCAGUAGGAGCAGCAGUAGGAGCAGCAGCAGGGGCAGCAGCAGGAGGAGUAGGAGCAGGAGCGGUAGCCGCAGCAGAGGCAGCAGCAGCAGCAGCAGCACCAUGGCCGUGCGUAAGGGGCUCCCUCUUCCCCCCACACGCAAAGAUAUUGCUGCUGCUGCUGCUGCACUCCCUGAUUCAAAUCUGCUGACUGCUGCAGAGCAGCGGCGGCGGCUGCUACUGCUGCAGCGGCAGUCGCGCAGCUCACAGCUGCGGCAAGCAGACACCCUCGAGAAGCUCAAGGCCUUCAGACAGCAGCUGCAAACGAUGCAAAAAUCCACAGGAAAGAGCCUCAAACGCAGCAGCGACAACAAAAACAGCAGCAGCAAGGAGAAGAAGCACGAUAAGGCUGUGGAGGCGGCGAAGGCCGCAGCAGAGCGGAAAACAGCAGCAGCAAGGAGAAGAAGCACGAUAAGGCUGUGGAGGCGGCGAAGGCCGCAGCAGAGCGGGCUAUGGAGCCGGUGUAUGCGAGGGAGAAAGCACUGCAAGAAGAAGCAGCAGCAGCAGCAGAAGCAACAGGAGAAGCAGCAGGAGAAGCAGAAGAAGAAGCAGCAGACUGGUGGCAGACUGGGGGCCUCUCCUUCGCCAUAG